CUAUAACGGGACAGCGCGUGCAGUUUAUAGCAUCCAGAUCCUCACCCACCGGUCCACGCGUGACUGUGUGUGUGCGCGCGUGUGUGUGUGUGUGUGUGUGUGUGUACCUGCAGAUCUGCAGCUUUGGGCCUUUUAAACCUCCUCCAGGAAGUUCAGCCGCGGUAUUUAAAGCGCGCGCAGCAGCAGCAACACGUACAGACCAGGACACCGCGCGCGCAGAGGCAACAGACCCUCAACCCCCAAGAGCGAACAUGCCGAGGUCAUUUUUAGUGAAGAGCAAACGUGCUCACAGCUACCACCAACCUCGCAGCCUGGAGGACGACUACAUCCGACUUGACGCUCUACUGACACACACUUACUCGGAGAUCCAGGCCGAGUCCGACUGCUGUGAGGACGUGAAUAAAAGUGCAGGUCGAUGCUCACCCGAAGGCAGCGCGGUGUGUACGGCCGAACAUAAAGCUCAACACUCUCCGCUCAGCUGUGAGGGAAGUGUGUGUGAUCCGCCGGCGGAGUACGAGGACUCCGUGUGGAGACCCAGAUCGCCGUCUUCUUCUCCAGAUGUGGACGAAUAUCCCUUAUCGUCACCGGAUGAUAUCCAACCUUUCGACUUGACCUUCCGGCCCUGCGCCUGGACUCACGCCCGCUCGGAGCUCAGACGCCUCGUUAGGCCAUUUCAGCUGAGUCACGUGGCACGCGAGACGCCAUCCAUCGGCGUUUACGGCUCCACAGACAGGCUCGCCAAGGCCUUUUUCUCCAACCAGUCCCCGUUCAGAGGGUUCUCUCAGGAAGAGUACAGCUCGCUGGCUACAGAUCUGCUGAAGAGCCGCACACGAGGAUACUACGCCGAUUUCAAGGCCGUCCCCGAGAACGCCGAGAUCAAAUCGCAUUCUGAUGUCCUGUGCACGCGACUGCAGAUUAACGGCUCUUACAAGUGCGUCAAGUGCACCAAGGUGUUUUCUACGCCUCAUGGCUUAGAGGUCCACGCCCGACGCUCACACAGCGGCACGAGGCCUUUCGCAUGCGAGCUGUGCGGGAAAACGUUCGGUCACGCCGUCAGUCUGGAACAGCACAAAGUCGUCCACUCGCAAGAGAGGAUUUUCAGCUGCAAAAUCUGCGGGAAAAGCUUCAAGAGGUCGUCCACUCUGUCCACUCACCUGCUGAUCCACUCGGACACGCGGCCGUACCCCUGCCAGUACUGCGGCAAGAGAUUCCACCAGAAAUCCGACAUGAAGAAACACACGUUCAUCCACACGGGAGAAAAGCCGCACAAAUGCCAAGUGUGUGGGAAAGCGUUCAGUCAGAGCUCCAACCUCAUCACACACAGCCGGAAACACACCGGCUUCAAACCGUUCGGCUGCGACUCGUGCGGCAAAGGCUUCCAGCGCAAAGUGGACUUGAGGAGACACCGAGAAACGCAGCACGGCCUGAAAUAAGAGACGCUUCCAUUUCGAAACUCGAAUAUAAUUUAUAUUCUUUACAUAAAAAAAAAAAACACUACGAAGAGCAUUAGUUAAGCUGUUGAUACUAAACAUGUUUUCUUUAUUGACUUUUAUUAUUAUUAUUAUUAUUAUUAUUAUUAUUAUUAACGAAACUUUAUGCGACUUUAAAGUUAUUUAUAAGAUCUUGUGUUUGAAUGUUUACUUUUAGGUCCUUGUGGACAUUUUUUAAGUUUGUGGAUAAAUAAAAGUUCUUCCUGAAAUCUUGCGCCUUUAUUUA